AGAGGGCCAGGGCCAGGUCUGAAGCAGCACCUGCUGCAGUGCAACCAUGGAGAAGGUUCUAGAGCCAUUCUUCAUUUUUGUAGGGCUGCUGGUGUGCCUGGUCUGCCUGGUGAAGGGUCUGAGAUUCUCCAGAUGUGUUUUACUGAACUUUUGGAAAGUUAGACCAACACCUUUCUUGCAGUCAAUGGGCCAGUGGGCAGUGAUCACUGGAGCAGGCGAUGGAAUUGGGAAAGCCUACUCAUUUGAGCUGGCUAAACAUGGCAUCAAUGUUGUGCUUAUCAGCCGGACUCUAGAAAAACUACAGGCCAUUGCCACAGAGAUUGAGAGUACUACAGGGAGCAGUGUGAAGAUUAUACAAGUAGAUUUUACCAAAGAUGACAUCUAUGAAUAUAUUAAAGAAAAACUUAAAGGCUUAGAAAUUGGAAUUUUAGUUAACAAUGUUGGAAUGCUUCCAGACCUUUUCCCGCGCUACUUCCUUAAUACACCUGAUGAAAUAGAGAGCCUCAUCCACUGUAACAUCACCUCAGUAGUCAAGAUGACACAGCUAGUUCUGACACACAUGGAAUCAAGGCGGAGAGGUCUCGUCCUCAACAUUUCCUCUGGGGUAGCCCUCUUUCCUUGGCCACUGUACACCUUAUACUCAGCUUCCAAGGCGUUUAUGUGCAUGUUUUCCAAGGCGCUGCAAGUGGAAUAUAAAGAAAAAGGAAUCAUCAUCCAGGUGCUGACUCCAUAUGCUGUUUCAACCGCAAUGACGAAGCAUCUAAAAACAAAUGUGAUAACCAAGACUGCUGAUGACUUUGUUAAAGAAUCACUGAACUACAUCACGAUUGGAGAUGAGACCUGUGGCUGUCUUGCCCAUGAAAUCUUGGCGUGCUUUCUGAGCCUGAUCCCCUCCUGGGUCUUCUACAGCACCACCUUCCAAAGGCUGCUCCUGACCCGCUACACGGAUUACCUGAAGCAGAACUCCAAGGCCAGGUAGCUGUGUGUUUCCUGACCACACAUGGAACCCAAUGUGGCUUUUCUUCACCAGUUCUGCAUUGUCCGAGAGGACCAGAGGAAAACACCCUUCACUCUGAAACCCCAAGCUGGAGGGGAACAGUAUCACAGAGACUUAGAACGCACUUUCUUUUUUGCCACUGGUCUACAGAUUUGGGGGAAAGCUAUCAUGUAAAACCAUGUGUUGUGCUAUGGGGUUUUAGGGUUUGGAGUAUGAGGAGAUGAAGCUGUUUAUGGGUAAAAUUGGAAGAAUUUUGAUAGUGGGCUUAUUACAGGCUGGGAGGCCUGAUGCAGCCACACAAAAAACCUUUCCUCUCCUCUUCCUCCUCUCUUCCUAAGACAAAGACACAAAGGAUCUGGCUAGCCCCACCCCUAAAAGCCCACACCAAAGGACCCUAACCUUCUUGGCAAGCUAUAAAAUUUGUUCAUCCCCUAUGGCUCCAUAUAAAAAGGGUCUCUAACUGACCCCAGAUGCAGAUGCCACCUUUUCACUUCCCAGGUGGGUC